AUGGACGCCUCUUCCGCCUUCAACGCCGCCUCCGCAUCUUCGUCCUCUUCCUCAUCCACCAGGCAAUCCCCUUCCUCCUCCGCCGCCAUCAUGGCUCCCGCCCCCGUCCAGACAAAGGCCCCCUCGACCGAGCCCUUCCUCAAGGACUUCACCCUCGUCGCCGAGGCCGCCAAGCGCGCGCAGGCCGCCGUCAUGGUGCGCGACUUUGCCGAUUUCAAUAUUUGA